UUAGACAGGACUCUGGUGAACAUUCAGUGACAUCGGAGCAAUUGGCAGAGUUGAGAGAAAAAUGACCUUUUCGUGAACUUCUAUGAAGAAUGCAGAUGAACAAAGUGUGAGCUUCCAUGCUUUUGUUCAUGAAAACUCUUAGAGAAGAUGGCUGAUGUAAGCCUGAAAGAAGCAGCACUAAUAGUUGGUGUGGUGGCAGCCUGCUAUUGGAACAGUCUCUUUUGUGGCUUUGUUUUUGAUGAUGUUUCAGCGAUUUUGGACAAUAAAGAUUUGCAUCCUUCUACUCCAUUAAAAAAUCUGUUUCAGAAUGACUUUUGGGGCACUCCAAUGUCUGAGGAGAGGAGUCAUAAAUCCUAUCGUCCCCUUACAGUUCUCACGUUUCGCUUAAACUACUUGUUCAGCGAGUUAAAUGCAGUUUCUUAUCACUUCCUAAAUCUGGUCUUUCAUGUGGUGGUUUGUGUAGUCUUCCUGAAGGUCUGUAAGCUCUUUCUGGACAACAGGAGCAGCGUAGUUGCAUCCUUGCUCUUUGCAGUGCACCCAAUACAUACAGAAGCGGUAACUGGAGUUGUGGGCAGAGCAGAGCUUUUAUCAUCUAUCUUUUUUCUAGCUGCUUUUUUGUCAUAUACAAAAUCUAAAGGGCCAGAUAAUACCAUAGUGUGGACUCCAAUUGCAGUGACUGUGUUUCUAGUAGCUGUUGCAACACUGUGUAAAGAACAAGGAAUAACGGUGGUGGGGAUAUGCUGUGUGUAUGAAGUAUUUAUUGCUCAAGGGUACACCUUGCCCGUGUUGUUGGACACAGCUGUACAGAUUCUUCGGGGGAAGGGCAGUAUUCCUUUCUCUAUGCUCCAAACACUGUUGAAGCUCAUAGUACUAAUGUUCAGUACACUGCUGCUUGUAGUUGUCAGAGUCCAGGUUAUCCAGUCUCAACUUCCAGUGUUUACAAGGUUUGAUAAUCCAGCUGCUGUGAGUCCCUCCCCAGCAAGACAGCUGACUUUCAACUACCUCCUCCCUGUAAAUGCUUGGCUGCUUCUCAACCCCUCAGAAUUAUGCUGUGACUGGACAAUGGGAACUAUUCCUCUCGUGGAGUCUUUGUUAGAUGUUAGAAACAUUGCCACCCUUACCUUCUUUUGCUUUCUGGGAUCUUUGAUUGUCUUCAGUCUCCGAUAUCCUGGGGAUUCCUCCAAGACUGUAUUGAUGGCACUCUGCUUAAUAGUGCUACCAUUCAUUCCUGCAUCAAACCUCUUUUUUCCUGUUGGGUUCGUAGUAGCAGAACGAGUGUUGUAUGUUCCCAGCAUGGGAUUCUGCAUUUUAGUAGCGCAUGGAUGGAAGAAAUUGUCAAAUAAAAGUGUGCUAAGAAAAAUCUCUUGGGUUGGUUUGGCUGCGGUACUGUUCACUCAUGCCUUAAAAACACUGCACAGAAACUGGGACUGGGAGUCAGAAUACACAUUGUUUAUGUCAGCUUUAAAGGUAAAUAAGAACAAUGCAAAACUAUGGAACAACGUGGGGCAUGCGUUAGAAAAUGAAAAGAAUUUUGAAAGAGCUCUGCAGUUCUUCAUACAAGCCACUCAAGUGCAACCAGAUGAUAUUGGUGCCCACAUGAAUGUAGGAAGAACUUACAAAAACUUAAACAAAACUAAAGAAGCUGAAGAAUCAUAUAUGAUUGCUAAAUCAUUGAUGCCACAGAUUAUUCCAGGUAAAAAGUAUGCAGCAAGAGUUGCUCCUAACCAUCUCAAUGUUUAUAUCAAUCUUGCAAACUUAAUUCGAGCGAAUGAAUCUCGCCUUGAAGAAGCGGAUCAAUUAUAUCGACAAGCAAUUAGUAUGAGGCCAGAUUUCAAGCAGGCUUACAUCAGCAGGGGAGAAUUACUUUUAAAAAUGAACAAACCUCUGAAAGCUAAGGAAGCUUAUCUUAGAGCUCUAGAACUAGACAGAACCAAUGCUGACCUGUGGUACAACUUGGCAAUUGUUUACAUUGAACUGAAAGAUCCAACAGAAGCCCUGAAGAAUUUCAACCGAGCGCUAGAACUCAACCCAACACAUAAACUGGCAUUAUUCAACUCAGCGCUGCUAAUGCAGGAAUCUGGUGAUGCUAGGCUUAGACCUGAAGCUAAACAAAGACUGUUACAUUAUGUGAAAGAAGAACCACAGGAUGCAAAUGGGUACUUCAAUUUGGGUAUGCUGGCAAUGGAUGACAAAAAAGAUACGGAAGCAGAGGCAUGGAUGAAGAAAGCCAUAAGGUUACAGCCAAACUUCCGAAGUGCUUUGUUCAAUUUGGCGCUGCUUUAUUCUCAGACAGGAAAAGAAUUGAUGGCUUUGCCCGUCCUGGAAGACCUACUGAGAUACUACCCUGAUCAUACCAAAGGUCUGAUUUUGAAAGGAGAUAUCCUUAUGAACCAAAAGAAGGAUAUUGUUGGAGCAAAAAUGUGUUUUGAAAAAAUUUUGGAACUGGAUCCCAACAAUGUACAAGGAAAACAUAAUCUUUGUGUGGUUUACUUUGAAGAACGAGACUUAAUAAAAGCAGAAAAAUGUUUGGUUGAAACACUAGCACUGGCACCUCAUGAAGAGUAUAUUCAGCGUCAUCUAAACAUAGUUAGAAGUAAAAUUGCAUCACUCAGUACUACGGAACAGUCAUCACUUCCAGCAGAUGGGACUGCAGCUGCAGAAAAACAAAAUUCAUUUCAAAAUUUGAAAGAAGUAAAAAAUGAGCAGAAAACCACCCAAACAACAGUUGAUAACAAUAAAGGGUACUCAGAAAAUAAGAAACGAACAGAGAAAAACAAUAUGGACAAAGACACUCCCAAAAAAUCUACAAAAGAAAUCAAAGACAUUGAGAAAAAGAGAGUUGCUGCUUUGAAAAGACUAGAAGAGAUUGAACGUAUAUUAAAUGGUGAAUAGUCUUUACCAUGUCACAAUAGAAUAAGGGGAGAAUACUAUUUUUAAUUAUUGUUUAAUACAUGAUCCAACUGGAAAGUGGUCUCAGUGAUUUGAAAAUAGAAAUAAUUUUGACUGCAUAUUACUUAGCAAGCAGCAGAAGGCAUUACAAUGCUUUGUGUGAGAAGACUGCAACUUUUAAAUGUGAUGUGGGGGAU